UAACAAAAAUAAUUUUCAUUUUGAUAGUAAUUUUUAUAAGUCAUUGUCUUCUUCUCCUACUUGUUAAUAAGGAUAUAAGGAUACUAGACGAUUAAAAACAUUGAGCUUUUAAACCAUUUUAAAAAUAAAUAAUUUAACAAUUUUAAGCGGGAAAGCCCCCACCUAUAAUGUUUCUGUUGGCAGCAUUACCACUAUUCAGUUGGAUUCAUGAUCGUAUGAAGUUGUCUGAUGUUUAUAUCCUUAUCUAUGAUUGAGUGGAAGUAUGUGUAAUACUGGAGUGCAUACGAAGAAAAGUUUAGUUGUUACUAAUUAUUAUUUUGUACAGUUCUGGUUCAUAAAUUCCGUAUCAGGAAUCGUAUGGGUUUGUUUUUGAUGUCUAAAGCAUUGUUUUAGUAGAUCAUGACAAAUAAAGAUCUAGAAUUCGAAAUUUUAAAAAGAGACUUUAUCAACAACUGUAAUUGUAACGAAAAGCAAUUACAAAGUCUUAAAGAGAAAUACUCCAAAAUUAUUAAUUCUACAAGACAAACUGAUAAAAUAAACAAUAUAUAUAAAUUAAUAUAUACUCUUGAAAAGAGAAAUAUUAUCAGCGAAGAUAAUGUAAAUGUUUUGCUAGAAAUAACAGAACAUUUACAUCAGUAUCAUUUGAAACCCAAGAUUUUACAUUAUACAAAGACACACCAUCCUGGUUCUACUUCAAUAUUCCCUGUACCAUCUACCAAUUUAGAAGAGCGUAUACAUUCUCUUAUAGCUGAAGAUAUAGGACACUCAUGGAAAGACUUUGCAAGACAGCUUGAUGUCAAGGAAGGUCAAAUAGAUGCUCUGGAAGAUCAAUAUCGUUCAAUUUCAGAUCGUGUUCAUAAAAUUUUGAUUAUGCACAAAAAUACAUGUGAGAAAAGAAAAUGGCAGUCAACAUUAUUGAGAGCCUUAUCUAAGGCAAGACGUAAUGAUUUGCAAGAAAAAGCUCAACACAUAUUUGAUACACACAAUGAAUAAAGUUUAACUUUGAAUAAAUAAGAGGAGAUAAAGGAUAAUACUGUAAUGCUUGUUGCAACAAAUAUGAAACAUCAUUGUGAUAAAAAAAACAGUCAUGUCUUUAAAUGUUCUUCAAUAUUCUAGUCGUUCCAUAUAUCUGGUUGAUGAAAGGUGAAAAACUAAGAGUCAAAACAUCCUGAGUGAUUUUGAAUUUUUUUAUGUGCUUCAUAUUUUCUACCUCUGGGAAAAAAUUUACUAUGGUACCUGAAUAAAAUUACUGGAUGUUUCAAACCUUUGUCAAAUUGCCUAAUUAUCUGGGUAAUUUUUUCAUUUGUAUCUGUGACAACAAAUGAGUUACAAAUAGACUUUUAGAUGAAAAUUGUAAAAAAAAACAACUACACCUAUUAAGGUUCAUUUAACAUUAAUGGGGCUGCUUUAAAUAGCCUCUGAGCCUUUUAUUUUCUCGUUUUCAACCAAUGCCAUUUCCUAGGAUCCCCUUUAUCUCUCAUAUAAACUUAAUUAAGGUAUUGUACAGAAAACAUUCAAUCAUGAAACAUUAUAGAUGAAUCAUACAAAUGUUACAACUCGAUAAGUACCAGUUUUGAAUAUUUUGUGUACUAAACAUUUAUAAGUUGUGCCUGCAGUAUCUCUAGUCUGUUAUUACAUAUUUAUGAUAAUUUAUUAAAGUGUUUAUUUACUA